AUGGCUUCCUCUCCUAUGAGGUUGAGGUCUAAAACCCGGUUUCAUGCUCGUUCUAUUAGCUUUCCCUCUAGAUCACAUCCUCUAAUUUCUCAAUUCAAUGAUUACCUUUUGAGAAUGGAAUUAGAUUCCGAGGCUACCUCUUCUUCACCUAACUUGUCAUCAAUGAGCAACAAACUGAGUAGCCUCGAGAAUUUAUACGAGUGUGUGGAUGAAUUGUUGCAAUUGCCAUAUACUCAACAAGUUUUUGCUCGAGAAUCACAUGAGAAAUGGGUUGACCAAACAUUGGAAGGACAUCUUAGGCUUUUGGAUGCUUGCAACACUACCAAACAAGUGUUCUCACAAACGAAAGAGGACUUGCAAAAUAUACUUUCCGUCCUCAGGAGAAGACGGGAAGCUGAUGAUCUCUACAGCUAUUCAAUUUCUCGAACAAAGGCGAAGAAGAUGAUCCACAAAUCUCUAAAAGAAAUGAAUUGUUCCAGACAUAUUAAGUGCACUGUCGUAGAGUCAGAAAAGGACCAUGAAACAAUAGCUAUCAUAAGCAUGCUCAGGGAGGUUGAGUCAGUUACCUUGGACCUGUUUGAGUCCUUUUUGUCCUACGUUGCUGGGACAAAUGUUCAAUCAGGGUGGAGUAGGUGGUCCUUGGUUUCCAGGCUGAUGCAUUCCAGAAGAGUAUCGUAUGACGAAAUUUUUUUGAAUGAAUUCGAAAAGGUAGAUGCAGGCUUAAUGUCACUUGCUGGUACAAAAUUUACCAUGGGGCGGACUGAAAAUGUACAAAAUGAAUUGAGAGAGAUGGAGUCAAGCAUUCAAAUUCUUGAAGAAGGAUUGGAGUGCGUGUUCAAGCGCCUCAUUAAAACUAGAGUUUCUCUUCUUAACAUGCUAAGCCAUUAG